UUCUCCCCCAAGCCCCGCCCCUUCAACUCCCAGGAGGCUGCGCAGGACUCUGCACGCGCGAGGUGAAAGAACAGGAGAGGAGAGUACACGCCUUCUCUUCCUCCCCUUUUCAUCUUGGUCACAGCGCCACCUCAUGGUUGCCUGAAGCUUCGAGCGAGGGUUAAUUCUUCAAGGACAAGGGAUCAGUCCUACUCCUCCUGCGCCUUGAAAGUUACUUAGUGAAAACGACAGAGUUCGACAAAGCGUACUUUUCAGGUCCUCCUAUGAUCUUCAUCCUUCCUUUUUUUUUUUCCGGAGGACCUAGACUCUAUGGUCAGUGAGGAAGAGGGACCUCUAUGCUGUGGGCGCUUGCGUGAUGCGAGGCGGUUCCGCAUGCGCGGUGGGGUAGAGCCGAGCGCACGCUGAGGAUCGGCCGCUGCUGCGGGUGGACUGUCCGAUCUCUGCGAUUAAAGAGCACGGCGCGGGAUCCCGGCGCAGGAUUCACACACAUACCUCAGAAUGCCGGGUCUAAGUUGUAGAUUUUAUCAACACAAAUUUCCUGAAGUGGAAGAUGUAGUGAUGGUGAAUGUAAGGUCCAUUGCUGAAAUGGGGGCUUAUGUCAGCUUGCUGGAAUACAACAAUAUUGAAGGCAUGAUUCUUCUUAGUGAGUUGUCCAGAAGGCGUAUCCGUUCUAUAAACAAACUCAUCAGAAUUGGCAGGAAUGAAUGUGUGGUUGUCAUUAGAGUGGACAAAGAAAAAGGAUAUAUUGAUUUGUCAAAAAGAAGGGUUUCUCCAGAGGAAGCAAUCAAAUGUGAAGAUAAAUUCACCAAAUCCAAAACUGUUUACAGCAUUCUUCGUCAUGUUGCUGAGGUGUUAGAGUACACCAAGGAUGAGCAGCUGGAGAGCCUGUUCCAGAGGACUGCCUGGGUCUUUGAUGACAAAUACAAGAGACCUGGAUACGGUGCCUAUGAUGCAUUUAAGCAUGCAGUCUCAGACCCAUCUAUUUUGGAUAGUUUAGAUCUGAAUGAAGAUGAACGGGAAGUACUUAUUAACAAUAUUAAUAGGCGUUUGACACCACAAGCUGUCAAAAUUCGAGCAGAUAUCGAAGUGGCUUGUUACGGUUAUGAAGGCAUUGAUGCCGUAAAAGAAGCCCUGAGAGCGGGUUUGAAUUGUUCUACAGAAACCAUGCCCAUCAAGAUUAAUCUAAUAGCUCCUCCUCGGUAUGUGAUGACUACAACAACCCUGGAGAGAACAGAAGGCCUCUCUGUUCUCAAUCAAGCUAUGGCUGUUAUAAAAGAAAAGAUUGAGGAAAAGAGGGGUGUCUUCAAUGUUCAAAUGGAGCCUAAAGUGGUCACAGAUACAGAUGAGACCGAACUUGCAAGGCAGCUUGAGAGGCUUGAGAGAGAGAAUGCAGAAGUGGAUGGAGAUGAUGAUGCAGAAGAAAUGGAAGCCAAAGCCGAAGAUUAACUUUGUGGGAAACAAGAGUCCAGUUUAAGGAACACAGAGCAGCCCUUCCUGGCUGUAAACCCUAGACUUGAAAGUUUUCCAGUAUUGAAAACUUCAAAGCUGAAUAUUUUUUAUUUCCAAGUAUUUAAAUGUUCCAACAGACCAAAACGUGAUAUGCCUUCCUAAAAGUCAGCUGUUUUCUCACAAGAGCUCCAACAUUCAGCAGUUUUUAAGGGAGUGGGCCUAAUUUCACUAGAGACAAAUCUUUAAGAACAGUCAUAAAAUUGGGCUUGUGGUUUCCAUUUCUGAUGUCUCCAGAUUGGCACCCCUUUGUAGUUCAGUGCCUCUAUGAGAUUUACCAGGGGCACCCAAAGCAAAUAGCCUCAAUCUUUCUAUAUAAAAUGUAUCAAGCAAACAUUAAAUAAAUUUCUGGGAUAUUUAA